AUGCGAGCCAUUGAUAGCGAGCAUCGUCAAAAUGCAUUCGCAACCAAACAACUCUGCGAUUUAUCGAAUAUCCUUUAUUCGCUCAUAUCGGCCGUUAAUUUGAGUUUCAAUGAAAUGUGUCAAAUUAUCGAAAAGCCCUUAGAGAAAAUAUCACCAAAUCUCUACAAAAACUUCUUGAAAAAGGUCGAUGAACACAGAGGCGAUGUUGAGGUGCUGAUUCGGCGUGACCACUUGUUGCAACAGUUGAAACGUAGCGAUCGCACGCAUCCUUUUAUCACUCCGAAAAGUGUUUUCGGCAUUUUUGUUAGAAAGUUAGCAGUGAAACAUUCACUGCAAAGUGUUUAUGAAUUGGAACGUUUGCAUGCGGAAUGGCUGAAUUGGUUGAACGACAAAAAAUCAUCAAUUCGUUUUGACAUAUUUGGUGAAUAUUCGAAUUUGAGUUUGAACAGUCAAGAUGAUGGAAAUAAAUUGAUGUUGUCUGCAGAACGACGAAAUAAUGUUCCAUUCGGAUCACUUGAAAAAAGCAAAGUGGCAAAGAACAUUAACACUAUGAAAGCUCAAUUCGAGCAAUUGCUCUCCUCAAGUCGUGCUCAUAAUUUCAUUUCACGUCAACUACGCUUACUUCAAGUAUCACCCGAUGAGGCAAUGCCCAGUGAACAGUUAUUAAUGGCGUGUGAAUUCAUCAAAGCCAACUAUCCACAUUUGGCUGUUGUUCACUUAUUGGAGAUGUUGGAUGGAAUAAGACAUCGGAACGGAUUUGCGAGUGAGCAUUCGUUGCGUGAAUAUUUUGACUUGAUAACGAUGCACAUAAAUGAGUGUCAGUCGAAUGCAAUUAAUAUCACCUCUGUGGACAUACGGCCUCUGCGUUAUGCACCCAUUCUACAUGCUAGACUUGCACGCAUUUUCUCAGAUCGGGAACACGCACGUAAUCUUCUGAUAGAAGCAGUCCAACAAGCUCAAGCAAAUCGUGACUUACUGUGUUUGAGAUUGGCUGUUGUUGAACAAGCUGCAAUUGACUCACUGGUCAAUUCGCAUCAAUGUUUACCAGUUAAUCAUCAGUCAAACAUGCAAAUCAAGUCAACGUUCGAUGGAAGUACUGAUCGAUUAACGUCCAUAUAUAAAGUUUCAUUGGUAAUGUUGAUGUCAAUGUGGGCAUCUGAAAAUUCGGCCGAAGAUAAUUUGGAUUCAAUCGAUGACGAAGGCGAUGGUGAUGAUCGACGUUCGAGUUCAUCUGAGACGCGUGCAUUUGUUCGACAGCUUCGAGACUGCAGCACUCUGCUGAAUUGUAUCGAACUGGCGAUCACUGCUGAAAAUCACCAAACCGUCAGGAGUGGUCUACAGUCGUGCACAGUGGUUGAUUAUGGGGUUGGUAAUGAGUGCUCGACACGUUUGGUGAAUGAGGCAGCACGUGCGGUUGCAAUAACGCUUAAAUUACAGAAUGGUUUUGUAUCGAAUGCAAUGUGUGACGCGAAUAUAUUGUUGUAUUUGAAUACAGGCGAUAAUUAUUGUAAACGAUAUGAUACGGAAGCACAGGUGAUCGCAGCAGUGAAUAUUGUGUAUGGACAUGCAAUGAAUGGUCAUUAUUCAAAUGCAUUAUCAAUUCUAGAAAAUAUCAAACGACGGUUUACGUUGAAAAAUAAUUGGAUUUGUGCGAUGCAUUGGAAACGUUGUGAAUGUCUAGUUGAAUUUGAUAAAGCGUUUAUGUUUGGUGAGUGGAAUAACGCCCAAAAAUGGUUGUUACAUAUCAGAACUCUCGCACCCGAUGAAGCCAACCUCAGAAAAUCAGUAUUACAGUUCUGUGAAGGCUACAUCCCGGAAGCAAUUGAUCUAGCAGUUGAGCAAGUUGAACUUUGCAAUAAGUCAAAGGAUGUUCGACUGAAAUUGAGGAGUGAAAUGGUGUUGGCGAUGAUUUAUGCAGCAUCGAGCAGAUUGUUCGAAGCAAGAACGAUAUUGCAGCGAUGUCGAAUCACUGCGAAACAGUUUCAUUUGGACAACUUCGAAGCGUUAAUUAUCCGAAGAUUGGCUUCAAUUGAUGCGAUCGAAGGACGUAUGCAGUCAGCACUGUCGCAGAUCAGUGCCUGUGAAUGGCUCAUCAAAACACGUUGUAGUCGAAUUGAGAACGCACUCAUGCAACUCACCGUCUUCAUGUCUUAUGCUAAAUGCAAACUUCAGUCACUUAUCAAAAUCCCAGAUAUAGGUAAUUUAUUGGAAAAUCAGUUGGUACGUACACGCAAUGAAUGUCGUCGAGCAUCUGUUCCGUUAUUAGAAAAAGCUUUACUGAUUGAGGCUGCAAAGCUGUUUAAUCGUUUGGAGCGAAUUCAAUUACGAGACGAUUGCGCAGAAGCAUAUCAUGAAAUUGAUCUCAAAUGCUCGUCGUCUCUGAAUUGGAUCAUUUUAUAA